CGCGGGCCGGUGACAGGGAGGAGCCCAUCACGCCUCGGGCUCGGGCUGGGGAGGCCGCCUUCGCAGUCGCCAGGUCUUGGGUCCUCUACGGACCCUGUCAGCUGGGGCUUCUCGGUUCCUGAAGUGAGAUCGGGGCGCGCUCGGGCGGCCCACUCAGAGUCCCAUCCUGGACCGCGUCCUACCCCAGAGAGCGGACGAGGUGGCGGCGAAGCCUCGGUAGGACCGCCUUGGGCCUCACGCCGAUCUCCCUGCCUGAAUAAGCCGGAUCCCAGCGCAUCCCAGGGGAGCUCUUGAAGAGGGAAGGAGCCCCAGUUUAUGUUUACGAAUUUAGCCCUCUCUAGUUUCGAGGUUAGAAUAGAGGGUUCAUCCCCAGGUUCUGGCUUUUGAUUGCUAACUUCAGGGACAGGGGUCAGUACCCCACAGAGCAGCCUAUUUUCAUUUUGGAGCGGACUAAGAUCUUCCUCACAGAACUUUCAUCGUCUGGUGUUACUCAGAGGGACGUUAAACCAUUCCCAAUUUGGAAGACAGCUGCCAUCUACCCUCUCACACCCUUCUUUUGGGUUUAUGCUUCCAUGAUCUUACACCUGGUCCUUAGGUGGCCUUCCAUUUAAGGCCAGUCAUUCUGGUCAUUCUCUUCUGGAUUCACUCCUAUUUUCCAGAGUCUCCCAAAACUGGGUUCCUAAAAUACAUUUGUAAGUAACACAGUUCUCAAGUCAGACAGACUUGAAUUCUAAUCCAGGGCUCUGCCAACUCAAGUAUGUGACUUUGGGUAUGCAAAGAAGCCUUUUCACACAGAUGUCCUUAGAGAUAAUAUGGAUGAGUCCGGAGUUGUCCUCUGGGUGAAAGCAGAACCCUUUAUAGUGGGCGCCUUGCAGGUCCCCCCUCCAUCCAAGUUCAGUCUUCACUAUCUCAGGAAGAUAUCCACCUAUGUGCGAACCCGGGCCACAGAGGGAGGUUACCCACGCCUGUCCUGGUCUACAUGGAGGCACAUUGCGUGUGGAAAGCUGCAGUUGGCUAAGGAUCUGGCAUGGCUUUACUUUGAAAUAUUUGAUAGUCUUGCAGUGAAGACACCGAAGGAGCGCCUGGAAUGGUCUGAAAUUCUGUCCAACUGCAUGUCUGAGGAUGAAGUCGAAAAGCAAAGAAAUCAGCUUUCAGUGGACACCCUACAGUUUCUGCUCUUCUUAUAUAUACAACAGUUAAACAAGGUCUCCCUGAGGACAUCUUUGAUUGGAGAAGAGUGGCCUAGUCCCAGACACAGAUCUCAGUCUCCUGACCUGACUGAAAAAUCCAGUUGUCAUAAUAAGAACUGGAAUGAUUACAGUCACCAAGCUUUUGUCUGUGAUCAUCUGUCAGAUCUCCUUGAACUGCUUGUAGAUCCAGAACAACUCACUGCAUCAUUUCAUUCGACCCACAGUAGUCUAGUCUCUCGAGAAGCUGUUGUAGCACUCAGCUUUCUUAUUGAAGGUACAGUGAGUGGAGCCAGGAAGAUAUAUCCACUUUAUGAACUUGCACUGUGGCAACCACUCCAUGCAGAAAGUGGCUUCUCAAAGACCUCUAAGGCCUUUUCUUUCUACAAGCUGGAAGCCUGGUUGAGAGCCUCUUUAACUGGGAAUCCAUUUGGUAUAUCUGCUUGCCUCAAGUCUGGGAAGAAAUUGGCUUGGGCUCACCAAGUUGAAGGGACGACCAAAAGAGCUAAGAUUGCUUGUAAUACUCAUGUGGCCCCUAAGAUGCACCGCCUGGUGGUGAUGAGCCAGGUUUACAAGCAGACAUUGGCCAAGAGCUCAGAUACUCUGGUGGGGGCACAUGUAAAGAUUCAUCGUUGCAACGAGACUUUUGUAUAUCUGCUGUCUCCCUUACGAUCUGUGACAAUUGAGAAGUGCAGGAAUAGCACCUUCAUCCUGGGCCCUGUACAGACUGCUCUUCAUCUCCACAGCUGUGACAAUGUUAAAGUCAUUGCUGUUUGCCAUCGUCUGUCCAUCUCUUCUACAACAGGUUGCAUCUUUCACAUUCUGACGCCUACACGCCCACUUAUUCUCUCUGGGAACCAGAGAGUAACUUUUGCCCCCUUUCAUACCCAUUACCCAAUGCUGGAGGACCACAUGGCCAGGACUGGCCUUGCUACAGUGCCUAACUAUUGGGAUAAUCCCAUGAUUGUGUGCAGAGACAACAGCAGCACAAGUGUCUUCCGACUCUUAGCACCAUGUGAAUUCUAUGUGUUUAUUAUUCCCUUUGAAAUGGAAGGGGACACAACAGAGAUACCUGGGGGUCUUCCAUCUGCAUAUCAGAAAGCACUGGGCCAAAGAGAAAAAAAGAUACAGACCUGGCAGAAAACUGUGAAGGAGGCUCGUUUGACAAACUAUUCCUGGAUUUCAGCACUGGGGAAACCAAUCUAUGCACCAAAAAUGUCUAAAGCUGGAACCAAGAUUACUUUCUUUGAAGACAAAAACUUUCAAGGCCGCCACUAUGACAGCGAUUGCGACUGUGCAGAUUUCCACAUGUACUUGAGUCGCUGCAACUCCAUUAGAGUGGAAGGAGGCACCUGGGCUGUGUAUGAAAGGCCCAACUUUGCUGGGUACAUGUACAUCCUACCCCGGGGCGACUACUCUGAGUACCAGCACUGGAUGGGCCUCAAUGACCGCCUCAGCUCCUGCAGGGCUGUUCACCUGUCUAGUGGAGGCCAGUAUAAGAUUCAGAUCUUUGAGAAAGGGGAUUUUAAUGGUCAGAUGUAUGAAACCACUGAAGAUUGCCCUUCCAUCAUGGAGCAGUUUCACAUGCGAGAGGUCCACUCCUGUAAGGUGCUGGAGGGUGCGUGGAUCUUCUACGAGCUGCCCAACUACCGUGGCAGGCAGUACCUCCUGGACAAGAAGGAGUACCGGAAGCCCGUCGACUGGGGUGCAGCUUCCCCAGCUGUCCAGUCUUUCCGCCGCAUUGUGGAGUGAUGAUACGGAUGCAGCCAUAAGCUUCUUCCUGGGGCCAAAUGCUGGCUGGCCUUGUCGUCCAAAUAAGCAUCAUAAAUAAAAACAAUUGGCAUGCAUUCCA